GAUUUGGUAUCCUUCCUAUAGAUCCAACAUUGACAAAAGGCGAAUAAAAUAUGAGAUGACGUGAAACAGUUGGGCUCAUUGUUUGCCGAAACAAAUUCGAAGUAGGAAUCAUUCGUGUGUAAUACAAAGCAAAUAGUUUUUGAAUAGAAGAAACUGAUGUUAUUACUGACGGGAGUUGAGAAGACCUAUGAAAACACAGAUGGAUUACGAGGAAGGGACCACGAGAAAUGCUAGUAGAAAUUUGGCAAUUGCUCACCUAAUGCAGAAAAUAAUCGAUCCUGACUCAUAGUUAAAACCUGACCUUCUAGGAGGUGUUUGAAGCUCUUUUAAAUCCUUUGUCUCUUCCUGUUUUGCUUGAUGUGAAACAAAGGAAAUUGGAAACAAGUCGGAAUGCGUUUUAGAAGACCUUUUACGUUUUAGGUCCAGGAAGAAGACCUUGACAAGUUUUCCCAGCUUUCUGGAACAGAACACAGAUAGGAUAGUUGUCUUCACGUAUGAAAAAACGAGUUUUCCAUCUCUUCAUUGAAGAACACUUUCAGAAGUACAAUGUCGAAGACAUUUUCCCCCCUGUUUCGGAACUUGGAUUGGAAAAGAUCAAAGGGCUGUACUUUCUAAAAUGCACUGAGUUUGCUGCAGCUUCAGUUUUUAGAGUGCAAUCUCCUCAACGAGUUUGGGAUGAACUAUGCAUAUGGACAACCGGGGUCUUCAACACGAUGAUCAAUGAGCCCAACAUGACAGCCCAAAUCAAUCUUUUCCUGGGCUUGCUCGAAAGGAACUUCUACACUAAACAAGACCUUGAAUCCUCUGUAGCUCUGUUCUCUGUUGCCGGAAACGACUAUGCUGCCCACGUGAUCAGAGAUGGCAAUGAACAUGAUCUUUCUGACUUCACAGGUUCACUGAUGACACAACUGGAAGUGAAUAAGAGGCGAAUCAACAGCUUAGGAGUGCAAAAGAGAGCGGUGACAGCCAUGGAACAGAUGGGCUGCUUGCCUCAAUUGGCAGCUUGUUCUUUAUACGAGAACUGCAGUGAAAGCUGGAAUUCAAUCACUGAUUUCCACAACCGAGCCUUACGGCAGAUGGUCCCAAGGCUGCAGACCGAGAGCGCAGGAUUCAAAAUUCCUGAUCUUAGGUAUUUCGUGUGGCCUUCAAUUCCGCACUGAAGAGACGAGAAAACACCGCAGGAAGUUCCAUAAAUCCAUUGAAACCGUGUUGUGUUGGAUCCGGAAAAGGUUAUUCGCGUGGGAGCAAGGAUCAGAAAGCGGCAAAGAAGUACUAGGUCUACAAGGACCCGUAGCUGUCUUUCUUUUGGGACUUGAUACAUCCUCCACAGAAUCGUGGGAGUGUUUAUUCUCUAUCAUUCAACCUUCUCUUUAAGAACUCUAUUUAGAACAGAUACAGUCCUCUCGAUCUUAUUUUGUUCCCGAGUGGCUCUUUAUAGUAGGAAAGCUUUUAAGUUUGAGUAAUGGACAUGCUCUGUUUGGAAGCAGAGAACCCUAU